CCACUGCUGGGUCCGACUCCGUCUGGCGACAACUACGAUGGGGGGGUUGUUUUGAUUAAAACCGACGGAAUUUUUCAGCUUUUUCCAGUUGCAUUGUUUGAGUGGAGAUCAGUAUGUUUCAUGCUAAAUCUUCUUUGGUUGUUGUACAGAUCCACGAAGAAAAGAAAAACGUCGGAAUAAUCGAUCUUAAAGCUGAUGAGCAACUUUUCCAACUGCUCUAAUAGGCAACGGACUGACCUAUGCUAAGCUAACCCGCUAGCCAAAAGUCUGGAAUGCAGUUUACAUAUCUGAAAAACUUUUGUGAAGGAGCAUAUAAAGUUAACUUUUUGGUAAGCGGUGACCAGAUGAGUGUUAGCGAUAACUUUCGGAGCGAAACCUGCCUCUCUGAGUCUCAUUUAAUCGGAGUGGACGGUGCAGGUGCACCUCUUGCGGCACCUGCGAAAACUUUGUAACUAGCUCCAUCGGCACAGAGCUAGCUUUAGCCUGUUCACAUUAGCCUCGAAGAGAAACACUAUGUUGUGGAAUUGUAUUUCAUUCAUAGUCGAACAUAUUUGAGAUUGAAUACGUGACGGUCGUAUUUCCAGCGAUUUAUGGGUUAACAGACUGUCCGAACAGUGGUGACAUUAGCGAAAAACUGUCUGGGCUAACUUUAGCCAGCAACUUCGCUAGCUAACUAGUUACUGACCCUCAGACACUUGUACCGGAGUGGCGACGUGGAUACUGGGCUGCAGACGCUCUUUCCCACACAGGACUUUGGACACUGUUUGAGAUUGCCGUGGGCUACGCAGGGGAUUCCCCUUUGCUCCCAUCUGUUAGUGUCAUAGAUGUGACAAGAUGAUAGUUUAUAAAAGUGAUCUUUUCUCAUUUUAAAGUUUGAAUUUUGUUUUAAAAGCUCCGCACCCUAUGGUGCCGCUACGGCCACCGAGAAAUGGAUGUCUCGCAGGCCGCUUUCCCAAACGGUGAAGGGCGGCCGGGCGGCGGUGGGACCGGGGAGCAUGCCUGGACAGAUUCUCCCACAGUCCGGGCGUGGGCUCACUCUGCCCCUCUGUGCCCCACUCGGUCCCUGUGGACAGCCGCGUAUGACUAUGAGGCCAGCGGUGAGGACGAGCUCAGCCUCCGGCGUGGGGACGUGGUGGAGGUUCUCUCCAAGGACGCUGCAAUCUCCGGGGACGAGGGCUGGUGGACGGGUAAAAUCAACCAUCGGGUCGGGAUUUUCCCUUCAAAUUAUGUGACGUACCAGCCCGCAAUCUACCGUCUCCCUGCUACGAGUGGGUCAGUUGGGGUACGAGAACGAGUCCCGGGCUCACCAGUCCAGAUCCCCUUCAGUGAACUGGUACUAGAGGAGAUCAUAGGCGUGGGUGGAUUUGGCAAGGUUUACCGGGGCACAUGGAAAGAUCAAGAGGUGGCUGUGAAGGCUGCACGACAAGACCCGGACGAGGACAUAACAGCCACCGCUGGCAGUGUUAAACAAGAAGCGAAACUUUUCUCUAUGUUGCAGCAUCCAAACAUUAUUAAAUUGGAGGGAGUGUGUUUGGAGGAGCCCAACCUGUGUUUGGUCAUGGAAUACGCCCGAGGCGGGACCCUCAACCGGGUGCUGACCGGAAGGCGCAUCCCUCCACACAUCCUGGUCAACUGGGCCGUGCAGAUUGCACGAGGGAUGCACUAUCUGCACGAGGAGGCCGUGGUGCCAAUUAUCCACCGGGACCUGAAGUCUAGUAACAUUUUAUUACUUGAAAAAAUUGAGAAUGAUGACAUUGGGAGGAAGACCUUGAAGAUCACAGAUUUUGGCUUGGCAAGGGAGUGGCACAAAACCACAAAAAUGUCUGCCGCAGGCACGUACUCCUGGAUGGCCCCCGAGGUCAUUAAGUCAUCCCUCUUCUCCAAAGGCAGUGACGUCUGGAGCUAUGGCGUCUUGCUGUGGGAGCUGUUGACAGGGGAGGUGCCUUACCGUGGGAUCGACGGCCUCGCUGUUGCUUACGGCGUUGCGGUCAAUAAGCUGACCUUACCAAUACCCUCCACCUGCCCUGAACCCUUCGCCAAGCUCAUGGAAGAAUGCUGGGACCAGGACCCCCAUGUGCGUCCCUCCUUUUCCUGCAUCCUGGAGCAGCUGUCUGCUAUCGAGGAGGCAGUAAUGGCCACCAUGCCCCAGGACUCCUUUCACAGCAUGCAGGACGACUGGCGUGUGGAGAUCCAGGAGAUGUUUGAUGAGCUUAGGACCAAAGAGAAGGAGCUCCGUUCCAGGGAAGAGGAGCUGACACGGGCCGCCCUCCAGCAGAAGUCUCAGGAGGAGCUGCUGAAGCGCCGGGAGCAGCAGCUAGCGGAAAGAGAGAUCAACGUCCUGGAGAGAGAGCUUAACAUCCUUAUUUUCCAGCUCAACAAAGACAAACCCAACGUGAAGAAGAGGAAAGGCAAAUUCAAGCGUUCCCGACUCAAAUUGAAGGAUGGAAACCGCAUCAGCCUGCCCUCAGAUUUCCAGCAUAAAAUCACAGUGCAAGCAUCACCUUCCAUGGACAAGAGGCGGAGUUUACACAGCACCAGCUCCUCUCCUCCCAGCAGUCCCACUCUCAUUCCUCGCCUACGAGCCUUUCAACUGACGUCCCAUUUGCAGAGGGACAGUUUGUAUGUUUACCAACAGGACGUUGAUCUGACCAGCGAGCUCACAGCCUACACUGGGCUCAGGAGGAAAGCAGUUACUCAAGACGAGAGCAACCGAACAUGGGGACGCAGCUCCCUCUUCAGGCCAGAGGAGUUUGAUGACGUGAAAAAGGGAAUCAAAAAGAAAGGAAGAACCUGGGGCCCCAGUUCUGUACAGAGCAAAGAAAGGCCCAAUGCUGCGGAGAGAGUGCGUCCUCUCUCAGACGGCAGUAACCCUUGGUCCACCAGCCUGGUCAAGUCUCAGAAGUCUGUCCCUCUCGCUGCCCUUUUUGCUGAACAAGCAGGGGCCGGUAAAGACGAGACCUUUUCCCAGGAACACCCUGACAGCAGCACCAAACCAAAGCAGCUCAAGUUCCCCAACCAGGUGUAUAUUGAUCUACCUCUGUGGAGGGACGAGCAGCAGCCUCAGAGCCCCGCUGGGCAGGGAGACGCUGCGGUCGGGGCAGCAGGUCAGGGUGGCCCCGCGGAGACCCCAGAGGACCCCUACACCACCACAUCCACCUCGUCCACCUCCACCACCCCACAGCUCACCCCCACUAACAGCCUAAAGCGAGCGUCUGUACGCCGUAAGACCGACUGCGUGCUGUACGGCUGCGGUUCGCUGCUGGCGUCUGUCGUCCUGGGCUACGACCUGCGAGAAGCUCUCAAGAACUCGGCUCCAGGUGAAGACGGCGAACCUCAGCGGGAGGAGAAAGAGAAGAAGAAGAAGGAGGGCCUGUUUCAGCGCGCGACCAGGUUCCGCCGCAGCACGUCACCACCGAGCAAUCGCUCCCGUAAAGACGAGGCGUCAUCAAACCACACGUCCUCCCAGCCCGUCAAUCUUAUUUCCAUGUCGGCCAUUAUGGAAUGCAACUCCACCAAAUGUCUUUUACAGUCCGAGGCCGAGGUGUCAGAGACUAGCCCCGGGAAGAUUGAGGUAACAGCGGCCAAUCACCACACAGAGCCGUCAAAGCCAGGAGCAGCAACAUCUGCAGAAACCCAGAGCAACAGGACGGCAACAAAAACCCAGCUCCAGACCCCAGGACAAACCCAAAGCCAGGCCCCAGAGCAGAGCAACCACAACACAGGAACACGUCUACGCAGGAAGAAAUACACCAACAACCACAGCACCAAUGGCCCACCCACUCUGCUGCCUCCUGCUACACCGCUGAAGAAGCAGGAGAAGGAGAAGGAGAAGAACGGUGCGUCUGAGAAGCCCUCAGGUGGUGACAGCUGCCCCAGACCGAGGCCAGUGUCGUUCCGGGCCAAACCCCACGCCUGGGCUCUGCUGCGGGGACGCAAUAAAAGCUAUUCACUGGGCCACUACUCUGGAGAGAAGACGGCCAAGAACCUGAGCAUGGUGCUGUCUUCGGAGGUGGGGGUGGGCUGCUCCCUGCUGGACAUGGACACCGAGGGCCAGAAACGAGACUGCACCGUGCCGCUCUGCCGCAUUCAGAGUUCCCCAGGACGACCCUCCGUCUUUGAACUGGAGAAGGAGUUCCUGUCAUGAAGACCUCCAGACCGGACAGACACACCCCCUGGGAUUUCACAUACAAUCCAACACAGAACAUGUGGUUUAGAACUCCUGGAGGGUUUAGAACCAGGCUGCCUUAUUUUUCCAUUUUUACAAUUCUAUAACAUAGCACACAACUUCGUCUUAGUUCUAGGGCAUAGUGACGUCAGCGUUACCAAGUCUGAGACUUGAGAAAUCAUCUCUGUCACCAGGUUUAGAGAGAGCACCUCGGCUCAGUUUGAUCACUGUUUACUUUAUGUAAGGUCUUAGGCUACGUCCACACUGGUAUGUUUUUAUUUUAAAAUACAUGACUUUUGAUACAUGUACACUGAGCAUCCCUAUUUUAUACCCAGAAUUCAAUGUUUUAUAAUCCCUAAAACCUUUUUGGAAUUGUGUUAUAAAUUCCAAGACUGCAAUGUAGGCUGGAAAGACGGAAACCUCCACGUCACUGUCUGUUUCAUUUAGUCAGUACAUGUCCUUCACUGAUUCGUUUCCCUACCUUCAUAUGCUCCUCUCUUGAAAGCUGGUGCUUGACUACCAACUUUUACUUGCACACACAUAUUGAAUUACUGGGCUUUCUGUCCUCUUCUCUUGUAGCGGCUGUUGCUACAGUGGGGCCAUAGACUGGAUAUAAAGAUGGACGCAGCCAUGGCCCCCUAAAGUGUUCCACUGCUGGGGGGCUCCAGGUUACCGCUCUCCCAGUGUUUAUCAAAUGUGCUCAUCCAGUAAAUGCUGAUGAUCUAUCAUUUUAUGUAGAUUUCAUUAGGCUCAUGAUUUGUCGCUAAUUCUAACUGAAAAUGGUUUAUAAUUGUAAAUGAUCACUUACACAAAAAAUGAUCAAACACAAAAGAAGGAAACAUCACUGUUCCUCACGUCUCUGCAUUUCUUCUGUGCAAACUGCAUAACACAAAUACACAGCAGCUCCUGUAACCACUGGAUUCGGGCAUCACUUUUCCACAAGAGGUGUGAGCAACACUGAGCCGUCUUCACAUACAUUCUACGUUGUGGUCACGUGAUCUGCGUUUCAGGGGUGUUACAACACGUAAAGUAUUUGUGAAAUUCUCAGACUCAUCUUUACAGACAUACUUCACAUCGUUGUUGUCACUGUUUAAGAUGAAAGUAUAUUAGUGUGGAUGUAGCCUUUACACACUGCCUUGUUCUGCUCUAGAACACACACGUCUGGGCCGUUUUGUAACCCCAUCAGAACAUUCCAGAGCUGGAUCAGCAGCUCUUCCACUGAUCCCUCGGUGCUCAAUUGCCACCUUCGUUCAUUCAUCUCUGCCUUCGUCACCCUCUUCUUCGUUCUGUUGGUGCAGCUAAACGUUGACCGCUGCUGCAGCUUUCGCAACACAAUACCCUCACCUUUUUAUUUAUAUAUAUAUUUUUAUAGGUAAUUUAAUAUGAAGAGACUUGACCUUACUUUAGCAUGAGUCGUGUGCCUACACUUUUAGAUUUUUGACUUGAGAAUCAUGCAUGCAUGUACCCUUAAAAUGUUGAACAAAAAAAAUCCUUAUGCCUUGUUUGUAAAUAUUUCUUUUUAUCCAUCUAAUGCUGGAAGCUUUUUUGUAUUACAAAUAUGCUGUAAUGACUGUGUUAAUGUCAGCGAUGUGCAGUACAGUUUGUGUACUGAUGCAGGUGGCAUACUGUUUCCCAAGGAUGUCUUCCCACAAUGCUUUUUAUCUUUUUUUUGUUUUUGUUUUUUAGAUACCCAAGGUCCUACAGAACAGACCUGGACACUUCUCAUUCAGAAGUUGGAUCAAAUUUUUAAUGCCCUUUGGGGUCAAAUGUUGCUAAUAUGGAUUUUUCUAAGAGUAUUUAUAGAAAGGUUUUAUGUCAUUGAUCUUUUUCUCCUUACUUCCUUUAAUGACAGCUGACAGGUUGGCAUUAUAAUGAGCCAUUUGGAAGAUGGCACAGCCUGGGAGUGGCCAUAGAACACUACAGGAGGAUGUACAAACCAGACUGAAUUGUUAUUUAUGGUUAACAACAAAAAAGAUGUAAACAUUUUGUGUAUAAUUAUACAACAAAGGUGUAUUUUCCUUUUUUUUCUGUAACUCAGAAUUGAUUUACUUGUUAAUUUUACACACAAAUAUGCUCAAAGGAGCUCUGUGGAGUUUGGAGGUUAUGUUAAUCCCCAGUGUUUCUCACCAAAUCAUGUUAACUUUGCAGUGACAUGUUUCACUCAUCCAAGCCUUGCUAGUCGGUGCUGUUUCCUUCAUUGCAUUUACCAUGUGGUCAUGUAAAUCUUAAUGUCACUUGCAUCUCCAUGAGUGUUUCUCUGUCAUCAUGUUCAGGAAAAUCGAGUUAAAACGUGCAGGGAAAAUGACUUCUGCUCCGGUGAAAUGGCCACUCCUGGGCUCUUCUUCUAAUGCUCAAUCAAAUAAUGACAUGGAUUUUAAUGACUGACUGAUGAUUAAAUCCCCCCCAACUUGUAUCACUGUCCAACUUUAGUCAAGUUUCGCUAGAAGUUUUUUAAAGAUGUGUCCUGCUUUUUUUUUUUUUUUUUUUUUUUUUUUUUUUUAAUACAAGUCAAGGACACAUUUACAGCAUAAAUUCCCAAAUGGUGUAAAUAUGAUUUUGAUUCCUCAUGUGUAUAUGACUGUGGCAUCUUUUGCUGAUUUAGAAUGUGAAUUGUUGCGUAUUUUACAACUACUGUCUCAUGUUUAAAACCAGUUGCAACACUGUAAAGGUUUGAACACCCACGUGCUAAACGGUGCAGCUCGUAAGCAAAUAACCACUGACUUUUCUGAGUGCCUAUGAAUUCAGGGGGAUCGGUAAAAAGUGUAUCCCCUGCUGCAUCUUGGAUUUCAGUAUGAGGCUUAAGUCUGCAGCAUGUCGCAAGAAUUCGGUCUAAACUUGAUGUCAGCGACCACUCUAAACACCCCAUAAACAUUCCACUCAGUUUGACAAACUGUAGCAAUAAUAUUCUCCAAAAUGGUGCAUUCAGGCUGCUGGCUACGGGACCAAAUUGAACACAGCCCAGCACUAAGGCCUCUGUCUUCAGGACCAAAACCACUAAAUAUGACUAGCUGCUAGUGUGGAGUUUUUACAAAAGAAAACUUUACAUAUGAAAACUUUAGAAAACAACCUCAGAGGCACAGUUACGAUGCUUCACUGAAAAGAAAAAAAAAACUGUCGCAUUCUGAGUAAAUGACAAGACUUCCUGUUAAAUCACUGAACCUGUCUGAAUGUGUCAGCUUUGAGUUCAUCCAAUUCAGUGAUUGGUUAUUAUUAUCAUUACAGUAUUGGUUAUUUCACACCUGAUUGAUCAAGAAGUUUAUCAACAUUUUGAAUAAAGUCUAAAUUAAGACUAAA